AUCUCAGAAGUUUCCCACGCCUGUUGUUGUGGCGUCUGCCCUUUUCUCUCACUCUCUCUACCCCCCUUCCUCUGUCUUCCUCACCCGCCCCCUUUCUCUCCUUCUCCCUCGCUCCUUCAUCUCCAGUCUGCUGCUGUUGUCUCGGCGGCUUGUUGGUCUGGGAGAAAGGGAUCUCGCGAGUGUUGGAGUUUUGGUGAGAGUUUGUGGAAGAUGGCGCCUGUUGUGACAGGGAAGUUUGGGGAGCACCCUCAACCGCAGCGCCUGACAAGAGAAGCGAUGCGGAACUACCUGAAGGAGAGAGGGGACCAGACUGUCCUGAUCCUGCACGCCAAAGUGGCCCAGAAGUCCUACGGAAAUGAGAAGAGGUUCUUCUGCCCUCCUCCGUGUGUGUACCUCAUGGGCAGCGGCUGGAAGAAAAAGAAGGAGCAGAUGGAGCGGGAGGGCUGUUCGGAGCAGGAGUCCCAGCCCUGCGCCUUCAUCGGCAUCGGGAACAGCGACCAGGAGAUGCAACAGCUCAACCUUGAGGGAAAGAACUAUUGCACAGCCAAAACGUUGUACAUAUCCGACUCAGACAAGAGAAAGCACUUCAUGCUGUCGGUCAAGAUGUUCUACGGCAACAGCGCCGACAUCGGCGUCUUCCUCAGCAGGAGGAUCAAAGUCAUCUCCAAACCCUCCAAAAAGAAGCAGUCCCUCAAGAAUGCAGACCGUGAGUUCGUGUGUAUAGCAUCGGGCACUAAGGUGGCGUUGUUUAACAGGCUGAGGUCUCAGACAGUCAGCACGCGCUACCUCCACGUGGAGGGGGGCAACUUCCACGCCAGCUCACAGCAGUGGGGGGCCUUCUACAUCCACCUCCUGGAUGAUGAGGAGUCCGAAGGGGAGGAGUUUACAGUGCGGGACGGUUACAUCCACUACGGCCAGACAGUCAAACUCGUGUGCUCGGUCACAGGAAUGGCACUGCCACGACUGAUCAUCCGUAAGGUGGAUAAGCAGACAGCCCUGCUUGAUGCGGACGACCCCGUCUCACAGCUCCACAAGUGUGCCUUCUACCUGAAGGACACGGAGCGCAUGUACCUGUGCCUGUCCCAAGAGAGGAUCAUCCAAUUCCAAGCCACUCCAUGCCCAAAGGAACCAAACAAGGAGAUGAUCAACGACGGCGCCUCCUGGACAAUCAUCAGCACGGACAAGGCGGAGUACACCUUCUACGAGGGCAUGGGUCCUGUCCACUCACCGGUCACACCUGUGCCUGUGGUGGAGAGCUUACAGCUCAACGGUGGUGGUGAUGUGGCCAUGCUCGAGCUCACUGGUCAGAAUUUCACUCCAAACCUGAGGGUGUGGUUCGGUGAUGUGGAGGCAGAGACCAUGUACAGGUGUGCGGAGAGCAUGCUGUGCGUGGUGCCCGACAUCUCCGCCUUCCGGGAGGGCUGGCGCUGGGUGCGGCAGCCGGUGCAGGUGCCCGUGACGCUGGUGCGCAACGACGGCAUCAUCUACUCCACCUCGCUCACAUUCACUUACACGCCCGAGCCGGGCCCCCGACCGCACUGCAGUGCCGCCGGGGCCAUCCUGAGGUCUGGCGACAACAGCAGACUGCUCUCCGGGGCCAGCACACCCAACAGCAUGGGCCCUGGGGGGCCCAUCAGCGGAGGGCCCGACACGGGGCCCUACGGAUCCGGAACCAGUGGAGGGGUACCAUCGUCCGCGUCAUCUGCGGCGGCGGCCGUGGUCUCCUAACACACACACUCACACACGCACACACACACACGCACACACACACUGAGAGUGAGAGUGUGUGGCGGUGGUGGUGGUGGCGGUGGUGGUGGCGGUGGGUGUGAGUUCAUGGUUCAUAUGGGUGUACAUAUAUGCACACACCCCCCCUGCUACACGGAACAAACGAACAACAAAGAAAAAAAAAGACUAAGAAUACUGACUUCUUAAAACAAAAAAAGAAACAAGUGCUGCAUAUUGAGUUUGGUGGAGAACCUUAACGGAAAAAAAAAACACGUGAAUGUGGAAAAAUUAAAAAGGAGUCAUGAGCGGAGGGGUGGAAUUCCGCGGAGUCCGGGAAGUUGUUGUCGUCGUCGUCAUGGUUGCGUGGUGUUCGACAGCGCCCUCCAGUGGCACACGUUAAAAAGACACGACCAUCUGGUGCAGGUGGUUGACUCCGCCACCACCCACCUCCCUCUCGUGAAAGGAGCUUCCCAUUGGCCAAGAGCACCAGCGCCUGUGAUAGGCCCGUGAAACGUUGCCACGGCAAUGAUACAUCAGCCAUGUACAAAUCUUUGUUUAAAAAGAAAAGUCUAUUUUUGCGCUUUUUUUCCCUUUCUGUUUUUAUCAUUUCUCAUUUCUGUUUUGUUUGUUUUUAUCCUUUGUCUUUUUAUGUUUUUUUUUAUUUCUGUAAAGGGCAAGAUGUAUUAUUGUGCAAAUGGAGGGUGCAGGCCUAGCGGAACACGUAUACAAAUCGUGAUGAUAAUAACAUAGUUUUUAUGGACCAAGGAUAUUCUAUAAGCUUUAGUAAAGGUACAUUUUCUUCAUACCUUUUUUGUAUCAAACAUAUAGUACACUUUUGUUACCAAAUAGUUUCUAUUCUUCCUCUGAGCUUCUGUCCCGACGUAUGUUUUGUUUUAUUUUUUCUCCGUUGUCAGGGGUUGAAAUCCCUUUCUGUGCAUCUGUAUUAUAGCUAGCUUCACCUCUAACAACUGCCUGCUUUUUGGGGAGGGGGUGGAGGGGUGGGGGUUUUGGCCUUCGGAUGGAGAUUUUAGGUUUUGAUACUUUUUGUUUCGAAGAGGAGGACGUUUUUUUUUUUUUCUCCUUCUGGUUUUUUACUUAAAUUUGAUUUUUAAUUUGCGUUUGGGAGAAACUCAGAGGUCCUCUUUUUUAUCCUGUGUUUUUAUGAAGUCUUUAAAAAAAAAAAAAAGAACGAGAAGAAGAAAAAAAAAGAAGAAAAGCUUUAAGCAACGCCUCUGCCUUGCCCGCAAUACUCUGUGCGCUACAUUUCCUUUAAGAAGCAUAGACGAGUCUGCAUAAUGUCAUUCUAGCCAGGGUGAUGUCCGCAAAUCCUCGAGUCCUCUAUUCUGUAUCCAGCAAGGCUUCCAACCAACACAUGCGGUUCACGGGCAGACUGUCUCCUCAUCCAUUAGUUCAACUAAGCCUUAGCUUUGGUGCUUGAGUCCUCACGGUUCGCCAUAGAGUAGUGUAUCGUCUUCUAGCCCAUACUUUCAGUGCACUCACAGAGAUGAGAUCAUGUCCUACUCAAAAUUUCACAUAUCUACAAUAUCAAUCAUGUCAUUGUAUUGGUGUUUGUUACCAUGGAAGUAUCAAAUGUUACUUUUGAAAAAAAAAGAAAAAUCAAGGCCUUCGUUUUUCUAGUCAUCCCUCAACUUCUUCAAGUCCUGUUUCCUUUUCUUCAGCUUCGGUUUCAUUUCAUGACUGAAGAGCUGAGGUACUGGCGUUGAACACAAAGGCAGACUCUUCCAUUUUGACGUGGCCUUACUGCAGCUGAGUGUUCAGAGCACAGUUGCUCUUUGAAAAGGUCGCCUGUUUGACUGUGUUGCUUUUGUGCUCCUCACUUGCCUUUCCAAAGGAACUCGGUGUUCAAUUCGAGUAGCUGGAGGUUACGCCGAGGUGUCACGUAUGAAACGUUCCAAUGCCGACAUCUUAAAAUCAUGUUACAUGUGGAGGUGGGGGGGACGAUGUCAUUGUUACGUACACAUACAUGCAACGUAAACGUUUCGCGAAUAUGGAAACCGUUAUCGAACUUGCCGUUGACUCGGUUGCAGGCCAUUGUAUACCAAAGGCAGGUCUCAGCUUGAAUUGUCAGUAAUGAUGUCAUUUCAUCUAGGAAAUUUCUGGUCCUGAUGACCAGACCUUUUUACACAUCAACAAGCUAGUCCAUCAUGGAGAGAUGGACAGCAUUUGCAUCCACGUUAAUAUCCAGCUCAUUAUCUGGAAAGGUCAUAAGAAUGCUCCUGCUUUUGAUCUCUGGGCUAUGUUAUGCAACCAAUGACUUUGAAGCAGAACAACAACAACAACAACAACAACAAAAUAACACAAUACAAGGAAUUUUCUUUAAACCUGCCCUGUUACGAAUUUUUUUACGACUCCUGGACACUAUUGAAAACCUAAGGGUUAGAAACUUGAUUUGUAUUUCAUCAAGCACAUCAUGUCUCAUUGAAAGCACGGCCUUAACCCCCCCAAAAAGAAAAUCGUCCAGCAGCAUGGGAGAAAAAAAAUGUGUGCAUGUAAAUCUAGUCACUGACUCUAAAAUGAACGCGAAGACCAGCAGGAUGUGUAGGCUGUGAGCCUGAUUUAGAAAAAGAAAAAAGAAAAAAAAAGAUUGUGCGAUUGUCCCGUUAAACCGCAGAGCCAACCAUUUUGUCGAAGGAUUACCCUUACUGGUGACGAUUUUCUCUCCCAGAAGGAUUUCCCUCGUCUCCACGAGCACAGGGUCCGUGUCUUGCUCACGAUCACUGCACUGCCUCCAUGUGUUUUGACACACUUUAAAUCUAGUCUAGCAUCAGCACCUUUGUGGCCCCUAGCCUAGAAAAAAAAUGUUCUGUGGUUCUCCUACAUUUAGAUGUUCAUUGUACGUGCUACCGUACUCUCCAGAAAGCACUAGCUAGCUACUACCAUAUUUGUAUUUGCUGUCGUUUAGCUGUGUUGUGUGUGAAGAGAUACAAUAAUAGACAAAACAGUCAGUAGAAGUUGUAAAAGGAAGGCAUCCCUUUCUUUUUUUCAUUGAUGUGUUCGGGGUUUUCAAAGAAAAUGUAGGGAACAGCAAUAUUGUAUAGGUCACGCUCUCUGUCUGGUUUAGAUGUGAUAACCACUGACCCAGCUGCCUGGUCUCGUAUCUAUGUGGUCAUUUUUUUCAACCACAAAGGACAAUAAAUAUAUAAGUCCAUCUUCUUGUGUAAGACUAGUUCGCCUUGUCAGCUUUCACACCAAGCAAGCGCUUUUAUAAACUCCUUACUCAUUUACUGCUGCACUGUCUUCCUAUAUGCUGGUAGAUGUGGAUGAACAAAACGAAACGAAACAAAAAUAAAUAUCUAUUAAGGCAAUACCUUGAUCCUAGUAUUACAGCCUACUCUUCCGGAGAAAACUGUAACUUGAAUGUUGAAAAACAAAAAUGAAAGUGUUUUCUUGUUUUUUUUUUUUCUUUCUCUCUCUUUUUUUUACAUCUUCGGUAUCUUUGAUGUAUGUCCUCACUUUCUUUCAGAAGAAUGAAGACUUGUUUGUUUUGUUGUUUUUUUUCCCCCUUGUCUUUUUGUCAAAUCAUACAUUUUAAGGGAUAUGUGCUCAUACUUUUGUCCCGUUAUGUAGACACCAGUGGACGCGUUAUACAAUGUAAUAUUGUUCUUCUUUUUAAAUUAUUAUAAAAUAUGUCCCCUCCCACACCCAGUCUAAUAUUGUGUCCCCCAACCAAAAUAAAUUAAGUGCAUUUAUACCCAAGUUGCCUCUUUUUGGCCUGGGUGUUGAUAUCUAAACAGUCACCAUGGUGACAGCUUGCCGGCAGUGUCCGAGGGAACCGGUGCUAAGAGCCUGACUUUUCUAUUUCUCUUUUCUUCUUGUCAUUUCAAACCCAGAGAGCUGUCAAUAUCUGUGUUACAUAGAGGUUUUCAACCAUUUUGUAGGAGAACAUACUGCUUAUCAACCUGCCUCAUACUGUCUAUCUUGAUAUGGGUCUUUGUGUCUUGAGUAAAUAUGUGGAUUUUUUUUUUACUGUUUUUGUGAUGAAACUGUUGUUCCUUUUGGGGUCAAAUUCAGUAAUACGUUGAUGUAGUGUACGACUACUGGCUCAUUUUUAUAGAACCACCACUAGAACUGCGUGUCAUUACCAAAGCCAAUGAUUGGUGCAUGCACUACAAGUUACUUAAGUGUGAGUGUCAGUUUUACAUGUGUAAACACACUAAAAAUGUUUAGUUCAAGUCUCACACCAUUAGGGUUCUGCAAAACUGUCUCUGAGACUCUGUGGUCCUCUCUAUUCGGCUGUAUGUCUGUGCCUAGUUUAGUUUACACAUUCGGUCGCUACUUUUUGUUGUUUUUUGUUAUCUGGGAACCAGGAGGGUGUUCUCUAUGUAGUUCCCCGCCUAAUCAUGACCCCUGGGUUUCCAGAAAUGGAGGCAAAAUCUGUCCACCGAUACGAGCUCAGCAAUUAAGCCGAACCAUGCUGGUCACAAGGUUCUUCUCUGGCCACUGUCAGACUUGUGUGAUUUGGUUCUAAUCUGGAUUCACUGUUUACACAUUUGCCUGUGAUAACUAAAAGACAGGCUGCCGUAGAAAGAUAGCGGUAGAAAAGGAAGAGACCACACAGUCAAAGGGAGCACAUCAUGGGUUUACACCAGUUUCAGUGCUUUGGUGGUGUCAUGCAUCUUUUUACUCCUCUGGGUUAUCACAAAACACAAAUUGACUUAAUUUAUUUCAAAUUCAGUUUCACCUCAGCCUGAAUGAAAGUGGGUCAGUAAUUUUCAUUGUCUGUUACAAGCCUAUUUUUAAACAAAAGUACCUAUGUAACAACUUUCAUUUCCUCACCUUCUCAGUCAAAUGGGAUGUUAUGUCAGACCUACAUGGACAGAUUUUUACUCUCUUUUUUAUCACUUUUCAUUCUUUUUUAUUUUCUACAUAACAUGUAUGUUCUUCCAAAAGCAGCUGUUGUGUUUUUAAAAAAGGAGCUUUGAUCAACAUGUCUUUGUGUGUAUGUUCUCUAAUAUGCCAAAUGUCUUUAAAAAAAAAAAAAAAAACUUAGAAUUUCAUGCACUGCUAUUAAAAGAAGACUUAUAGAGGGCAGCGUGAGGGGCAGCUUUAAAAAAGAAAAAGUGAAAAAGAAACAAAACAGAGAAGAAAAGGAGAAAUGAUUCGACAUAUGGAGCGUUCUCUGAGGUUUCUCAGCCUUACAUUCUCAGUACCAGUUACACUGAACAGUAGUGCUCACCUCUCUCUCUCAUCUCUCUGUCUCACUCAUCUCUCUCUCAUCUCUCGCUCUCUCUCUCUCAUCUCUCUCUAUCUCUCAUAUCUCUCUCUCUCUC